CGCCAUUGGUGAUUUGUUACCUAGCGAUUCAUUUGGGAUUCUUUGUACUCUGGCCGAUAUGGAUGCUGUACAAACUCAUUAGAGAAAGGGUAAGCGAAAAAAAGUGCGCGUUUAUAUGCAUAUAGAUAACCGCUACCUAUUCUGUAGGCUUGCCGCACAAGUACAGUAUCCAGUGAUACUGUUUCACUUAGCAGUGUAAGUGUACAGGACAGCCCUGUAAACGAAAAAGUAUCAGAAGAGCCAUCAGCAAAGGAGAAAAAUGUACAAUCAACACAGGAAAAAGAUGAACAGCUUGUACAACGAGGGUAUAAGGAUGACUGGGUUGGAUAUAUCAUGGUCGCUUACAUGUCCAUCAUUUCUGUCUUUUGGAUCAUUACCCUACUCAUUCUUUCUCUGGAUUAUUAUGGCUAUGUUAAUGGUGUGCCCUACGGAUUGUUUUACGACUCUUAUGAGCUAUCUAGUAAAGCAUUCUGUUUGGCUUGGUUUCUUGCCACAAGCUGGUACUUGGCUAUUAAUGUGAUGCGAACCAAAAUUAGAAACCACUUUAGGAUUCAGACUUCGUUAGAUCAAUGUCACCAUGUGGAAAUUCAAAGGCCACGCAAAGUGAUCAAGAUGUUGAGCGAUGAGAACGAGAGCCACGGUAUACAGCAAAGAUUAGCAAGUCUGGAAUUUCUCUUGCGAGAGAUACUUGGUUUUGAUACUUUGACCAAGACAGUGUCUGUUCAAAGAGACUCUCAGGGCAACAAAUACUUUGAAUUUCAAUCAACCCGAUACACAUUCAAUACACAUCUAAAUCAGUUCACACCUGCCGUUGUUCAAAUCAGUUUAAACCCUGUAGAUUUACUCGGUAUGGCUGCUGGAUUAGAUAGCGAGACAGCCAAGCAGCGACUUGAAUUGAUCGGUCCAAAUUUCAUUAAAGUCCAAGUACCCAGCUUUUUGGAAGCAUGUUGGCAAGAAUUGACUGGGUUCUUUUAUAUCUAUCAACUCAUGAUACUGUGGUGCUAUUUCUACUUGGCUUAUUGGCAAAUCGGUAUAUCCGACACUGGCGUCAUCUUACUCGCUGCCAUCAUUAAAGUCAUUGUGCGUCUCAAAUCAGAAAAACGAGUCAAGAAGAUGGCUGAACAUGUAGGCACCUGUGAGGUCCUUAGAGAUCAAACAUGGCAGACAAUAUCCACAGCCGAAUUGGUUCCAGGGGAUGUUUUUCAAGUGACUCCUCAUCUCACUGUACCUGUAGAUGCUGUCAUUCUAAAAGGAGACAUCAUUGUUGACGAAAGUUCUUUGACAGGUGAGCCUUUGCCUAUACGAAAGUUUCCUAUUCGUAGCGAUACGACAGUAUCAAAAUUUGACGCACAAUCCUCUGGGAAAAUCAACAGUUUGUUUGCAGGUACCACAGUGAAGCAAGCCAUCGGGACUGCCUCAGGUGAUCUUCCUGUGGCACUCGUCCUGAAAACACGAACGGAUACAGACAAAGGACAGCUCGUGCAGCGUAUACUGUUUCCCCAACCUGUUUCGUUUAUCUUUAACGAACAGCUAAAGCUCGUGUUUUGUUUACUGCUAGUGUGGGCUCUUGUUCUACUUUGCUUUGGUGUCUGGUGGUUGGGCGGCAAAGGAAUGACCGCUUGGUUUUAUGGAACGAUCUGUGCAGCACAGGUGAUGAAUCCUCUUUUGCCAGCCAUCUUGGUCGUUGGACAAUCGGUUGCGUCACGAAGGUUAAAGAAACGUUCUGUAUUCUGUGUUGACUUGCCUCGAAUUCUCAUGGCAGGAAAAGUUCAAGUGUUUUGCUUUGAUAAGACAGGCACAUUGACAAAUGAGGGACUCGAAUACUACGGUGUUUAUCCUUCCAAAGACGCCUACUUUCAAAACUUUGCUGAUCAAUUUGAUACGCUUCCGGAUGCUUUAAAGAUCGGUCUGUCGAGCUGUCAUUCUGUGUCUCGGUUGGGUGAACAGUAUAUAGGAAAUCCAGUAGACAUUGUCACGUUUGAGACCACAGGCGCUUCGUUAGUUUCCGAUAAAGACUAUGAUAUUUCUUUGAACAACGACCAAACACGACUCAAGAUCAUUCAACGAUUUGAGUUUCAACAUGCCCGUGCCUCUAUGUCUGUUGCCGUUAAGGAUCUGUCGACAGGACACGUACAUUUGUUCUGUAAAGGGUCUUUUGAAAGAAUAGCUAGUCAAUCUUGCCAAAUACCGCCUGAUUUUGAUGCCUUGACAGCUCAAAAGGCAAAGGAAGGAUGCUACGUCCUCGCUAUUGCUCAUCGAGAUCUAGGAAUUCUAAAUGAAAAAAAGGAAGCCGAAAUUGGGAACAAAUGGACAAGAGACGAACUAGAGUCCAAUCUGAAUUUUGCGGGCCUGUUACUACUCAAGAACCAGCUAAAGCCAGACACAGCCGAUGCUAUUCAACAGCUUAAAGACGGAGACGUACGAACUGUCAUGAUCACAGGUGAUAAUGCGUACACUGGUGUCUUUAUUGGCCAACAGUGUGGCCUGGUGCCUUCACAGGCCCCGGUAAUUCUUGGUGAAGUGAAUGACUCAAACGAGAAUACGCUUAUUUGGACAAAUACAGAAACGGGACAACAGAUAAAGAAUAUAGAUACAGAAUUAGAAGCAAACAGUAACGUUGAGCUGGCUCUAACAGGAAACGCGUUUCGUCUGUUGGUAGAAAAAGGCAGUAUUCGCCAAUAUCUGUUUCGCAUUCGAAUCUUUGCUCGUAUGACACCUGUGGAUAAGAUGGCUUGUGUAGAACUCUUUAUGGAAAAAGCUAUUACGGCUAUGUGUGGUGAUGGCGGUAAUGAUUGUGGCGCACUUCGGUCAGCCCAUGUGGGUAUUGCAAUGUCAGAGGCAGAGGCAUCGGUUGUUUCACCCUUCAGUACACCGCGUCGUUCGGUUCAAGCUUGUGUAGACUUGCUCAUACAAGGAAGAUCAGCACUAGCCACUUCUUUUGCAAGUUACAAGUACUUGAUCAUGUAUGGUGAAACCAUGGCUACUGUCAAAUUUUGCACGUUUUAUUAUACAAUGUCGUUUUCCCAAUGGAACUUUAUCCUAAUUGAUGCUUUCAUUACCGUGUUUUGUUCCUUUGCAGUAACCCAAGCAGGUGCUGCUAGGAAGUUGUCAAGUCACAGACCAACAGCGCGUAUUUUGGGUCCUGAAGUCCUAUUGUCUGUACUAGGAACACUCUGGAUAAAUGCUUGGUUCUUGAUUGGAGCCUUCAUAUGGUUAUAUACAAAGGAUGACUUCUUCCGCUGCCAUGAGUGGGAUGCCCGUGCAAUCGAUAAUUCCAAGUGGUGGCUACUUGGUGAUAGUUUUGAAGCUGAUAUCCUAACGUUCAUCACAUUGUAUCAAUUUGUCAACUCUGCGUUCAUCUUUAACUACGGCUAUAUCUUUAGAAGAAGCUGGUAUCGCAAUUACUUCUUGAUAUUUGUAUGGGCACUUUUUGUUGCUAUUGUUAGUUACUGGGAACUCGCAGAUCCCAAUAGAUUUGGCUGCUUAAUGAGAGUCAACUGUGGUAAUCCUGACGUACUUGUCUCCCUUGGAUACCCACGACCUGACUUUUAUAUUGAACCAUAUAAUAAUCCUCUUGGACAUAAUGUGCUUCCUCGUUAUUUUAGGUAUCAGCUAUGGGCCUAUUCAAUUGGCAAUAUGCUUGCUGUAAAUAUCUGGGAAAGGUUCUUUAUUCUUGGACCUAUCAGACAAUGGCUCAGGAAGAAAUAUCCUCUAAAAAAACUUCAAAUGAAUCUAUGAAAAGGGCGCUUUAAAUAUUUCUAUAUAGUUGAAAUAAACUUUUACUUUAAGCUCAAAAGCAACUAGUAAUUCUGUGUAGAAA